GUGGAACUGAAGCAGGCAGUAACUUUCACCCCUCCAGCAUCAGCGCUCACACACACACGCGCACGCGCACACGCACACAGCUGACAGAUCUGCGCGUGUGGACUGGAGUGUGCGCGCGUUCAUGUGCAGCGUGUGAAGGACGUUCAAGGAAACUUGAGAGAAUAUUGACUGGAUUUGCUGUCCUGCUAUGAAGCUCAAGAUGAUAAAACCACAUCUCAAUGCAGUUUUCAUCGCAAUUCUACUCACUUGUAGUGGGGCAAAGCCUAAUGGAAAGAACAAAAAAACAAAACAAGUUGUGCCGGCUAUAGAGUGUAAUGUGCGGGCAGGAAAGAUCAAUAACUCAGAGUUUAUUGCCAAGUGUCCUGCUAACUGCAAGGAGACCAAGGAGAGGGUGUAUGGGACGAGUGUGUUUGCCUCCAUUUCCAGUAUCUGCAAUGCUGCAAUUCACAGUGGGGUCAUCAGUAACUCUGGAGGAAAGGUAAUUGUGACAAAGAUGCCCAGUCAGGUGUCCUACAAAGGCAGCUUUGCCAACGGGGUGCGAUCACUGUCCUUAACCAGCUGGAGAGAGUCCUUUUCUGUCUCAGUGGGAAAACCAAAGAAAGGGGUAAACUAUCCCUCCAGCCUGGACUACACCCCCUCAAGGCCCACCACAGUGAAAACAGCUCUUUCAGACUCCACAGUGUGGCACAUGACCUCCACUCCAGAGCCAACCACCACCACGAAAACCACAGCCUCACCCACCACCACUCCUGUGACCACACCCACCACAGCCCCGCCCACCACCACAUCAGCCAAACCGCGGGUCACUGUUCAUAAAAUCCGUGAGGCAGGCAGCAGUCACCCGUACUUCCGCUCUGUAGCACGACAGUCUCAGAGCUCCCAAGGAAAGGGUCCUGCUCAAGCAUUUAGAGGCAGCUCCAUCUAUGCCAAUAGAUUUUCAUCCCGCACAAGCACAGGUGUGCACAGGCCAGACAUGGGCACUGCGAUCCGGAGACAGCCGCAAGUUCCCUCGGCCUCAGCUUUGAGUCGCGUGCAGUCGCAGUCUGAGAGGAACCAGCAUGCGCAGCAGUCUAAUCCCUCAUUUGCAAGAAAAGAUUGGCCGCACCCUGUGUACGCACGACCUGAUUUGUUCUCUGGCACCAGGAGACCAACAGACACUAGCCACUCACUGCCAAACACAGGCAAUAAAUUGAGUCGGAUGAGCUCUGGUGAAUCUGCAGUUCAUGACCCAAAACCUGAAAACACUGAGCAUGAGCAUUGGCUCCAUUACUUUGGACAGCACUCUCCUGAUUCAGAUGACAACAAGCCUCUGUCUGAGACCAGCCACACAAAAGAGACACUUGUUGAAUCAUGGGAGCCUGAAUCAAAGUCAGGAUUCAACGCUCCAGGGCCGGACUUGACCACCAGAGUAACUGAGAUCAUGUCUCAAGGAGAUCCAAACUGUAAAGUUGACAUUGCGUUCCUCAUGGAUGGCAGUUGGAGCAUUGGCAAACGGCGCUUUAAGAUUCAGAAAGACUUUCUUGCGGAGGUGUCUCAGGUCAUUAACGUGGGUGUCGCUGGACCCAUGAUGGGCAUCAUUCAAUAUGGGGAUGAUGCAGUCACAGAAUUCAGUCUGAGACAGUUCUCCAACUCCAAAGAUCUAAAACCAGCCAUCAACAAAAUCGUCCAGAAGGGUGGUCUAUCUAAUGUAGGCAAGGCUCUCUCCUAUAUCAACAAGCAUUUCUUCAGCGAUGCUAAUGGCAACAGAGGUGGUGCACCGAAUGUGGCUGUGGUCCUUGUUGAUGGCUGGCCCACUGACAAAGUGGAGGAGGCCUCGCGUAUGGCCAGAGAGUCAGGCAUCAACAUCUUCUUUGUCACCAUCGAGGGCCCUGAUGAGAAUGAGAAACAGAAUGUGGUGGAGACCAACUUUGUUGACAAGGCUGUGUGCAGGACAAAUGGCUUUUACUCGCUGCCGAUAACGAGCUGGUUUGCAUUGCGUAAAGCCGUGCAGCCACUGGUGAAGCGCGUGUGCGACACGGACCGCCUGGUGUGCAGUAAGACCUGCCUGAACGCCAACGACAUUGCAUUUGUCAUCGAUGGCUCAAGCAGUGUGGGAACCGGAAACUUCCGCACUGUGCUCCAGUUUGUCGCUAACGUGACACGCGAGUUUGAGAUUUCUGACACGGACACGCGUGUGGGCGUGGUCCAGUACACGUAUGAACAGAGGCUCGAGUUUGCUUUUGGACAGCACAAUAACAAAGCCGACCUGCUGAACGCUAUCAAGCGGAUAAACUACUGGAGCGGAGGAACCAGCACAGGAGCCGCAAUCACAUACACUGCCGACCAACUCUUCAGCAAAUCCAAACCCAACAAACGCAAGAUCAUGAUCGUCAUCACAGACGGACGGUCGUAUGAUGAUGUGCGGGCUCCAGCACUGGCAGUACAUCAUAAAGGUGUGAUUGCGUACUCCAUCGGUAUAGCGUGGGCUGCACAGGACGAGCUGGAAUACAUCGCCACUGACCCCGACAAAGAGCACUCGUUCUUUGUCGAUGAGUUUGACAACCUCUACAAGUACGUGUCAAAAAUUAUUCACAACAUCUGCCAAGAGUUCAACUCUCAGCCUCGCAACUGAAGCAGGAACACAGAGAGAUUUGAUGAGCCAUGGGAUUGUUCAUUGCAUCACCACACAGGCAGCAUGGCAGUAUUACAUGUAUAGCAUAGAUAGAGGCUUUUGAAUGAAAGGCAUCAAUGCUAUAUGUUUUCAUGCUUGAUAUUGUUGAUUCAGUGUGUAAAUGUUCAUGAACAAACUAUUAUUCGUUUCUGCACAUCAGUACAGUUAUUAAAGACAUAUAGCUUUUUGAUACACAGUUUCAGUAAAAGACUAUUUAUAAUUUAACAUACAGAACAAAAGUAUUUUAUUAUAAAAUCUAUGUUCAUAUGGAAAGCUUGCAGCUAAUUGUAUGUGCAGUCAAAAAUGCCUUGUCAGAUAUUCUUUGUUAAUGAAAUGUCUUGCCUGAUAAAUGCACAAGUCCAGGUUUAAUAGAGGAAAUGUGGUAAAUAAGUGGGAUUUUGCAUAUGAACUGGAAACAGGAAAAUGGUGAAUGGAUUAUGAUUGUUUAUGCAUGCUAGAACUGACUGAUCUUACUGUACAUCACAAGAUUUAUUAAAGCACAAAACUGAGCAAAUGUUUUGGAUGGACGACAUGCAUACAUUUAAAAAAGAAUGGCAACAUUUAUAGAGUUCCUGUUGUACGACUCUUAACCAUUCUAACAGGAGCGGAUUAUAAACGUUGAGUAUUUUCAUAUCAAUUUAAUUUCCUAUAUGUAUAUAUUACUUUUAAAAUUGAUCAAUAUGCCAUUUUUAAUAAAAAUUUGUAUCGAAAA